AAACUGCUACUCUUGUAUCUGCAUAAUCGAUCACCCGAACAACGUGCACCGGCGCUUGCCGCCUGCGAGUCACGUCACGAGUACGAGAGCGCGCGCGCACCUGAGUAGACGCGUCGCCCGCGAAGGUUGCUUCGCGUGAAGAUGAGCCGGGUGCCUCUUUGAACAGGGCGUUAGCUUCGCGAGGGACAAACGUGUGGGCGCAUGGAAAUGUCUCCAAAUGCUCUUGGACGUCACGGCUACUUCUUACACUAGUUCCGUGAAUGAUCUGCGGUGCGAAAGUACCUCCCACAGCCUGUGUAGAGGUUUAGGGCGGUGCGGCUAUUAAGCGAUCGCAGCGUUACGCACUGCAGUGGUGCCGUAUCGCACACAAACCGAAGCAGCAGCAGUUUGCUUUCCAUGCCGUUCUUCACAAGCUGCACACUGGAAAGAAGUAUGCAACCAUAGCCAUCAAGCUCAAAUGAGUGACACUAGCAAAGAAUCCUCAAGUACGCCAAGCAGGGCGAUGGCAGGGCAGUCUCGGCUCUCUGCCUACCUGCUGGCCUUGCGGCCGUGGUCCUUCAGUGCCUCCCUCGCCCCUGUUGCACUGGGCGCUGCCCUUGCCUACCGUGUGGUACACCACUUCAGCCCGCUUGUGUUUGUGGCCAGCUGUGUGACAGCCUUGUCAGUGCAUGCGGCCGGAAAUGUCGUCAACACCUACUUUGACUACAUGCGAGGUGUUGACAGCCGCACGAGCAGUGACGACCGCACCCUCGUCGACCGACGUCUCACUCCUGGUGAAGUGGUCCACCUGGGCGCUCUGCUGUAUACCAUCGGCUGCGUGGGGUUCAUACUGCUUGCCGGCUGCUCCGAGGCGCGUAUGGAGCACUUGGCGCUCGUCUACUUCGGCGGCCUGUCCAGCUCAUUUUUGUACACCGGAGGCCUGGGCCUCAAGUACAUUGCACUCGGGGACCUUUUGGUGCUUGUGACCUUUGGGCCCGUUUGUGUGCUCUACUCGUUUGUUGCGCAAGCGGGUCGGAUGGAUCCCGCUCCGCUCUGGUAUGCCAUGCCACUUGCCAUGAACACAGAAGCGAUUCUGCAUGCCAACAACGCCCGCGACAGGCAGCAGGACGCUCGUGCCGGUGCCGUCACUCUGGCCCUCCUGCUGGGACCCACGGGAUCUCAUGUGCUCUAUGCGCUGUUGCUUUUCGUGCCCUACCUGCUGUUUGCGCUUCUAGCGGCUCGCUCGCGUUGGCUCCUGCUGCCACUCAUCACGCUGCCCAGUGCGUUCAACCUGGAACGACAGUUUCGCGACGGACGCCUAGCCCGUCUGCCAAGGCACACGGCGCGCCUGAAUGUCUACUUUGGCCUCUUCUACAUCCUGGCCGUUGUCCUGGCAGACUUCCUGCCGGGAUUGCACUGAAUGGUGCGCUUAAGCACAAAAUACUCUCCGAGUGGGUGCGAGUCUCAUUUGAGCCCAUAACGUGGUCUCCCUCUGGACAGCUACAGAGCACAACAAUCGCGUGUGCACACAACAUAUCAAAGUGUACUGUUGCCCUCCCUCUCCCCAACCACAAGCCUAUGGUGCAGUUAAUUUCUGCCUUUGAAUGGACUAGGCCUUAGGACUUUUCAAGUGACUUUUAUAGGCAUUGCUGCCGCCUUGUUUGGCAGCUUUCCCCCUUUUUUUU